AUGGAGGUUGUGGGAAAGAACAUCACAAGAUGGCAACGCCUCGCCCACGGCUACAACAGAUACUGGUAUUUCAAGGCUACUUUGCGCUGGCUCGCUCUGAUCACCGCCGUCGUCAGUCUCAUCACUCUUGGUGCGACAUGGCUAGACUAUGCUCGCUAUAGCCAAUACGAUGUCGGUGUGGUUUACGAAGCCUUGGCCAUUGUCGGUCCCCUAUGCUCGGUUGUAAUCGAUGUUCCCGCUAUCGUCUUGUUGUUCAUGACCCGGACAAAACCGAACAUUAAUCCCACCUAUCUACUUGCCGGCGACACCUUCAAUAUUCCGUUACUGAUCCUUGACGUGGCUUUCACGUUUCCCGGCCGAUACGCCUUCGCUGUCAGUACCGCAUCUGUAGAGUUCCCGCCUGUUGUGAUCUGGGGUCUUUCCACAGGCUUGACAGCUCUGCAACUCAUCUUUUUCUUCACUAGUGUCUGGGAAACCCACGUGUACAGAGCUAUGCGUAGGGAACAAAAGACGAUUGAUGCAGAAGACUCCCGAGACCUAAAACAUCAAUCGCGAGAUUCAGAGAGUGACACCAAUAUGACAACCUCAGUCACCGAAGGACCAGUCAGGAUUGAGCUUCCGGAUGGCAGGAUCNNUUUGAACUUCCGGAGGGGACUAGAUUUGAGCUUUCUGCCGAGCAGCGGUCAGAACUGCCGGCACAACUUCCUGGCGUCUUCCUUGCAGAGCUUGAGGCUUCGGUUCCAGCAACGAGGGUCGAUGAGAAGUCCGCCCAAGGUCCAAUCACGACAGCGCGUACCGUUGUUGACAAUUUGCUUGCGAUACACUCGAGAAAUGCUCCUUGAAAGCAUACCUGACCGAAUCUACAAGCAAAUUUGUCACACGACCAGACUAUUCAUGUUG